GAAAAUCAAUGAAAAAUAAAUAAAAAUAUUUAUAGAGAUGACAACCAUUUUAGAUUUCCGGGACUCCCUGGACUUCCACUGCUUUUUUUCGGCGCCAAGAUUUUCCAUACAAGUGAUUUUCUAUGAUGGAGAGAGACCCAUUUCUAAUCUUUUGGACUAAAUAGUUCUUCUCUUUCUUAUUACGCGGUAUACACAUAGGAGACUGUAAUUGAGGAUACCCAUGUUGUAUGGAUGCUCAGUGAGCAUGUUGUUGAUGUAGUAGUGUGAUGGAAUUGAAUAUUGGAGCUGGGUGAUUUGAAAGAAGGUACAUUAUGAAGCAAUGAAUUGUUGUUAGCUGAUGUUUUAUUGUCAGUGAGGUGAAAUUUGUGAACAUGGCGUGUAUGAAAUUGGGAUCCAAGGCUGAUAACUUCCAAAGGAAAGGACAGGCAUGGUUCUGCAUGACUGGUCUUCCCAGCGACAUACAAAUUGAAGUUGGAGACAUGUUCUUUCAUCUUCACAAGUUUCCAUUGAUAUCUAGGAGUGGAAAGUUGGAAAAAUUUAUUCAAGAGUCUACAGAUAAUGAAGAGGGAUGCCGUUUGCAGCUGCAUGAUGUACCGGGUGGUGCCAUUGCCUUUGAACUUGUAGCAAAAUUUUGUUAUGGAGUCAAACUAGAGCUGACAGCCUUGAAUGUUAUCUUUCUGCGUUGCGUGGCUGAAUAUCUGGAGAUGACAGAGGCUUAUGGGGAGGGAAAUUUGAUUUCUCGAACAGAAAUUUUCUUAAACCAAGUAGUUCUUCCUAACUGGAAGGAAUCUAUCAGAGCACUUCAGGGCUGUGAAAAUGUUCUUCCACAUGCAGAGAAGCUUCAGGUUGUGAAGAGAUGUGUUGACUCUAUUGCUAUGAAAGCAUGUUCAGAUCCAAGCUUAUUUGGAUGGCCUAUGAUGGAGCGUGGGUCUAUGCAAAGCCCUGGAGGUAGUGUCUUGUGGAAUGGAAUUAGUACGGGAGCUAGAUUAAAAAAUGCUCGAGCUGACUGGUGGUAUGAAGAUGUUUCAGUUCUUAGUCUUCCACUGUAUAAGAGACUCAUUUCUUCAUUGGAAACCAGAGGUGUUAAGUUUGAAAAUAUUGGAGCAGCACUAACAGUAUUUGCAAAAAGACAUCUUCCUGGACUUACUAGGCGUCAAGGUGUUAGACACACCUCCAUUCCAUCUGAGGAAGACCGACGGUUUCUGCUUGAAACUGUUGAGAGUCUAUUGCCAAUGCAGAAGGGUGUCACUUCCACCAGCUUUUUGUUUGGAUUGUUGCGCACUGCAAUGCUAUUAAGUGCAAGUCUUGUUUGUAAAAAUAAUCUAGAAAGAAGGAUAGCAAUGCAGCUAGACCAGGCCAUGCUAGAAGAUCUUCUUAUUCCCAAUUAUUCCCACAUGGUAGAAACUCUUUAUGAUUGUGAUUGUGUUCAGCGGAUUGUUGAGAACUUUAUCAUUUUCGAUCAAGCUUCGGGAGCAGGAGCAGAAUCACCUAGCUCUGAUCAGGAUGUGCAAUUGAUUGGUUCUCCAUCACUUACGCCAAUUACUAAGGUUGCUAAGUUAAUGGAUGCUUACCUUGCAGAAGUUGCACCAGAUAUCAACCUGAAGCUUGCCAAAUUCCAAUCACUGGCAGCAGCUCUUCCAGAGUAUGCUAGGCCUUUAGACGAUGGCUUAUAUCGUGCAAUUGAUACAUUCCUAAAGGCACAUCCUUGGAUUACUGAUCAGGACCGAGAACAGCUAUGUAAGCUCAUGGACUGCCAGAAGCUAUCACUGGAAGCUUGUACUCAUGCUGCUCAAAAUGAGAGGCUUCCACUUAGGGUGGUUGUACAAGUAUUAUUCUUUGAACAGAUGCAGUUAAGAACUGCUAUUGCAGGUUGUUUUCUAGUUUCUGAAAAUCUUGAUGCUUCGCGACCCUCAAGGCAAAAUGCGGGCAUAUCAAAUGAUGGAGCAUUGCCACCACAAAAUGUACGUGGUGAGGGCCGUCCUAACAUUGUAAGGGAAAAUCAAGUUCUUAAAACAGACAUGGAUAUUAUCCGAGCUCGUGUUCUUGAACUUGAAAAAGAAUGUUCAAGCAUGAGAAAGGAGAUUGAGAAACUAGGAAAAGGGAAGGGCCAGGGUGGUUCUGCAUCAAAAACACUUGGAAUCAAGUUAAAGUCUCAGUUUUGCAGCACAGAAGAAGAUGCUGUCGAUAACCAAACUCAUGGAGAUACUGCAGAAUCAGAACAACUUAGGCCCAGAAAAUCAAGGCAUAAACGGAGUCCUCACCUCCCAGAUUGAGUUGCUUUUGAUGCAUCUUGAUUUUUAUAUAGCAUUUUUUUUGCAUCAGUUGUUUGCACCUUCUUGGCAAAUAUUGCAGCAAUUAUCAGUGUGGCCUCAAUUUCUGAUUGUCAGGUAUAAAGGUUCCAGCCAUUUUGAUGGCUUGUAAUUCUAUGUAAUUCUAUGUAAGAAUUGGUAACUGUUUAUUCAUUCAUCCUUUUUUUUUCA